AUGCCUCAGAUUAGCCCUUUGACAAAUCGUCUGAAAGACGCAACCAUUGCCACUUGGCAUCUCGGUCUGACCUGCUUUGGUGGCCCUCCAGUUCAUUUUCGAAUUUUUCAUACCCUUUUUGUCCAGAAAUUGCAAUGGAUUGAUGAACAAAUGUACCAAGAGUUCUUCAGUAUAUCUCAGGCGUUGCCGGGACCUGCCAGCACCAAAAUGUUGUUUUGCAUUGUUCAGAUGCAUGAUGGACUUUUGGCUAGCAUUCUUGCCUUUUUCUACUGGAGCAUUCCAGGAGCUGUCGGAAUGUACGGACUGUCUUUGGGUAUCGCGGCUAUUCAAGACACCCUACCCGAUCCCGUAUAUCCCUUGCUAUCCGGGCUAAAUGCUGCCACCACAGGCGUCAUUGCUCUUGCAGCUAUAGAGCUCUCGGAGAAGGCAGUGACGGACCGCCUGACAAGGAUUAUUUUGAGCUUCAGUGCUUUUGCAGCCCUCCUUUACAGCGCAAUCUGGUAUCUCCCUGUCUUGAUGGUCAUCAGUGGCAGUGCUACGCUUCUGUAUGACUUGAAAAUCAUUCACAAGGUGCUUCGAAAAGCCCGCCAGGCCAUCAGGGCUCGAUUGGAUCAUCCUUCGGACCAAGUUCGCGAUUCUCAGACAGUGCAGGAAUCUCAAACUCAGUUAUCUCAACAAGCUACUAUGGCGAACGGCGGUAUCUUGCCAACCAAUGCCGACACUUCGUCGGUGGGCACACGCAACGAGGUAAGGGUAAUACCUCGAGAUUAUCCUCUGACACUCCGGUGGAGAUCCAGCGCCAUAGUCAUCAGUUCUUUCGUUGUUGCCUUCGUAGUUAUCAUGGUACUGCGAGCGGUUCUCUCCGAACCACCCGUGCUCUAUAGAAUGUUCUCGAACCUCUGGCUGGCUGGAACAAUAAUCUUUGGCGGGGGCCCUGUUGUCAUCCCUUUGCUGAGAGAGUACAUUGUUGCCGAAGGGUGGGUUCCGCCGCGAGACUUCUUGAUAGGCUUGGCUGUCAUCCAGGCAUUCCCAGGUCCAAACUUCAACUUCGCUGUGUUUUUGGGCAGUUUGACUGCAGUCAAUAAUGCCACGCCUUCCAUCGUUGGAGCAGCCGUGGGGUUUGUGGCCAUCUUCACUCCAGGAAUGGUCUUGGUGCAUGGAACCAUGGGCAUCUGGCCUGCCCUACGCAACAGACCUUGGGUCAAAUCGCUGGUCAGAGGGGUGAGCACUUCUGCUGUGGGGUUCAUUUUCACUGCUGUAUAUCGAAUUUGGCAAAUUGGUCUUUUGGAGGCGAACGACGAGUCGGGCAAGUCUUUGGGUAACGACCCUUGGUGGCUGGUUGUGGCUGGAACUGCUUUUGUCGGCGGGCGGUAUUUUCGUAUUCCACCCCCCCUCUGCAUUUGCCUUGGUGCAAUCAUGGGACUUGGGUGGUUUGGGGUGGUCUCGGCUUGGAGAUGUCGUUCAGGAAUUUUCCCCUCCAACCUCACCAAUCCAACACAAAACAUUGACCUUGCAUCAUCCCAAUACCCGCCACCCACAUCAAAUCACGAGCUCUUGAUGGAACGCGAUAUACAGGAUGGUACAGCCAAGUUCCAGAGACCAGUGGUCCGGCACAGCCGCUCUUCCACCAAGGUUCUCAAGGCCUGGUUCAUUUCACACUCUUCCUGGCCAUACCCAAGCCAAGACGAGAAGGACACACUCAGCUCCCAGACCGGCAUGACUGUCAGACAAAUCUCCCACUGGUUCGUAAAUGCCCGGAGACGUCAUGGAGACAAACUGUCGAAUGAAGACUCCGCGAUCAAGUCGCCGCACCCAUCCCCCAUUUCGCGAUCGGCUCCUACGAGCAUCCAAUCCAAGCGUGGAGGUUCAAACCGCUCGCAUGACAGUCCACAUCGCGAUAUGACCCCCUUCGAUCGCUGGAGGCAUAGCCCACCCGAGGAUGAUCAUGUCCCUUUGCAAGCCAUUGCCCAGGCCGCCCAAGAUAGUGUAGACAUCUCGAAGACCAAUAAUGACGCUGCCGCCUGGAUUGAAUCCGUUGAUUCUGCUUCGUCGCUCGGGUCUUUCGACUUCUCCAGCUCAAACGCCUCUAGCGGCUCUUCGGCGUACUCUCACGGUUCCUUCGAUCUGACCGGUAGUCUGUACAGUCUAGGUGGCCGCUCACGGGGGCGAAAGCGACAUCAGACAACAAGAUCCACGCGUCGUCGUGCUGGGAAGGCAACCAAGGAGGAGCGACUAUACCAGUGCACUUUUUGCACGGACAGAUUCAAAACAAGAUAUGAAUGGACUCGACACGAAGGCACACUUCACCUCGCUCUUGAAAAGUGGACGUGCCUCCCCUUCGGGCCAUUACGCCGUGAUCCUGCAAAUGAUACUGCAAACUGCGCAUUCUGUGGCAUGCUUGAUCCUGACCAAGCCCAUUUGAACUCACAUCGUGCGGCCGAGUGCAUUGCCAAACCACCCGAGGCCCGGACAUUCUUUCGUAAAGAUCACCUGCGCCAACAUCUUCGCCUCAUUCACGGCGUCCCCGAAGUGAGAGACUGGAUGAGUACAUGGAGAUUCAAAGAGGUGAACAUCAAGUCGAGGUGUGGAUUUUGCGAGGAGACCUUCACGUCCUGGCCUGACCGCAAUGACCACAUCUGCGAUCACUUUCGCGAAGGAGCGCAGAUGAUCGACUGGAAAGGCUGCAGGGGCUUGGAGCCAGCAGUCGCCCUACUCGUGGAGAAUGCCAUGCCUCCAUAUCUCAUCGGUUUAGAGUCCACCGACGCCGAGCCAUUCAGCGCCUCGAGAGGCACCACUAAGAAGAUCUCGGCCAUGAACGAUGGGAAUGCCUGCCAACCUUCGCCGACGUCAUUCGAAUCGCUGACCGCGCGGAUCGGUGACUACGUUCGAAUAGCGAGAGAGAAUGGUCUAGACCUGAGCGACGAGGCUUUGCGCCGCCAGGCUCGUCUCAUUUUAUACGAUGAUGACGAUCCAUUAAAUCACACACCCGCAGACAAUGCGCAGUGGCUGGCCAUGUUCAAAUUAGGCUAUGGACUCCAGGACAGCCCUUCAGCAACACAGCUGAACAGCAACCAGCAACUGAUGAUGAAUACAAACGCGAGCAGCCUUGGUCCAACUCUUGGCCCGUUCACGCUCCAAAAACUACAGCAAGCAGCCGGGCAUAACCAAGCAAUGCUUCCAUCCAAUCUCGACGUCCUCCCCGAUGGGUUCAACACGGAAAAUUGGGGGGCUUCGAACAUGCAGGUGCCAUGGUCGUGGCAGACGCCAGAGUGCCUGGCAGAGUUCAGCCAACUGUGCCAGCAGCCCGAUUCGACCACGGCUUGUCAGAGAAGCAAAGAUGAUAGUCUGGGGCUGUUCCCAGAAGUCGGAGGAGCCACGGGACUGGAAACUGCCACUAUGCCUGCCUCACUAACAGCAUUCGAGUAUGCGUCUACGGGGGGUGGCUUCGAUCACGACGAGAUGCCCUUGGACAUGAGACUACUUUUUGAAUCCGAAUUUGAUGUGUAG